AGUCAUAUGAAGCUUAAUAUAAAACUCUUUUUAAGUUUCGUAGAGAUCGUAGGGCAUAGUAAAAAAAAAAAAAAAAAACAAAAGAGAGAGAUAUGAAGCUUCACAGAAACGCUGUAAGCUUAAGGCUAUAAGUUUGCUUUGUUUUAUUACUAUGGAGCCCCAACACUCCUCCAUCUACAAUCAUACAAACCUUCAUUCUAACUUCUGAUGGCUUGGCGAUCAUUCUCCUACGAUGUGUUCCUCAGCUUCCGAAGGGAAGAUACUCGUCAUGGUUUCACUGGCAAUCUCUACAAUGUCCUUCGCGAAAGGGGAAUUCACACCUUCAUUGAUGACGACGAGCCCCAGAAAGCGGACCAAAUCACAAAAGCACUUGAGGAAGCAAUUAAGAACUCCAAGAUUUUCAUCAUCGUGCUCUCUGAAAACUACGCAUCUUCUUUCUUUUGCUUAAACGAACUCACUCACAUCCUUAACUUUACUAAGGGGUGGGAUGAUGUGUUGGUUUUGCCAGUUUUUUAUAAAGUGGAUCCUUCAGAUGUCCGACACCAUAGAGGUAGUUUUGGAGAAGCACUGGCUAAUCAUGAAAAGAACUUGAACUCUAAUUACAUGGGCAAGCUUAAGACCUGGAAGAUGGCUCUGCGCCAAGUUUCUAACUUUUCUGGCCAUCAUUUCCAACCUGAUGGGAACAAAUAUGAAUACAAGUUUAUUAAGGAGAUACUUGAAUCGGUGUCUAACAAGCUUAAUGGUGAUCAUUUAUAUGUUUCGGAUGUCCUGGUUGGGCUAGAGUCACCCUUGCUAGAAGUAAAGGAGCUUCUAGAUGUUGGACGUGAUGAUGUUGUUCACAUGGUGGGGAUCCAUGGACUCCCUGGAGUGGGUAAAACAACACUUGCUGUCGCGGUCUAUAAUUCCAUUGUUGAUCAUUUUGAAGCUUCUUGCUUUCUUGAAAAUGUGAGAGAAACUUCCAAUAAAAAUGGGUUAGUACAUCUCCAAAGCGUCCUUCUUUCUAAAACAGAUGGAGAAAUUAAGUUAGCAAAUUCGAGAGAAGGAAGUACCAUAAUACAGCGUAAGCUCAAGCAAAAGAAGGUUCUUCUGAUUCUAGAUGAUGUUGAUGAACAUAAACAGUUACAAGCGAUUAUUGGCAACCCUGAUUGGUUUGGUCGUGGUAGUAGAGUCAUCAUCACCACUCGAGACGAACAUUUGUUAGCGCUUCACAAAGUUAAAAUAACAUAUGAGGUGAGAGAGUUGAAUAAGAAACAUGCUCUUCAAUUACUUACUCAGAAGGCUUUUGAGUUGGAAAAAGAAGUUGAUCCAAGUUACCAUGAUAUUUUGAAUCGAGCGAUAACUUAUGCUUCAGGCCUCCCAUUGGCUCUAGAAGUAAUGGGUUCCAACUUAUUUGGAAAAAGUAUAGAAGAAUGGGAAUCUGCUCUAGAUGGAUAUGAAAGAAUUCCUGAUAAAAAGAUCUAUGACAUACUUAAAGUAAGCUAUGAUGCUUUGAAUGAAGAUGAGAAAAGUAUUUUUCUUGAUAUUGCUUGUGGCUUCAAAGAUUAUGAAUUGACAUAUGUUCAAGAUAUACUUUAUGCUCAUUAUGGUCGUUGCAUGAAAUAUCAUAUUGGGGUGUUGGUUAAAAAAUCUCUGAUAAACAUUCAUUGCUGGCCUACUAAGGUCAUGAGAUUACAUGACUUAAUAGAAGACAUGGGUAAAGAAAUUGUCAGAAGAGAAUCACCAACAGAGCCUGGGAAACGUAGCAGGUUAUGGUCUCAUGAGGAUAUAAAUCAAGUUUUACAAGAAAAUAAGGGGACUAGAAAGAUUGAAAUCAUAUGUAUGAAUUUUUCCUCAUUUGGAGAAGAAGUGGAAUGGGAUGGAGAUGGCUUCAAGAAGAUGGAAAAUCUGAAAACACUUAUUAUCAAGAGUGAUUGUUUUUCCAAAGGUCCCAAACAUCUUCCUAAUACUUUAAGAGUAUUGGAAUGGUCGAGAUGUCCUUCACAGGAAUGGCCACGUAAUUUUAACCCAAAGCAACUUGCUAUAUGCAAGUUACCCCAUAGUAGCAUUACGUCACUCAGGUUGGCCCCAUUAUUUAAAAAGAGGCUCGUGAAUUUGACAAGUUUAAUUUUGGACGAGUGUGAUAGUUUUAGAUGGAUACCAGAUGUAUCUUGUCUCUCAAAUUUGGAAAAUUUGUCAUUUAGAAAGUGUCGGAAUUUAUUUACAAUUCACCAUUCAGUUGGUUUAUUGGAAAAGCUUAAAAUCUUGGAUGCUGCAGGUUGCCCAAAGCUUAAGAGUUUUCCACCGUUGAAGUUGACCUCUCUUGAAAGGUUUGAAUUUUCGGGUUGUUACAAUCUCAAGAGUUUUCCUGAAAUAUUAGGAAAGAUGGAAAAUAUGACACAACUUUCCUGGACUGGUUGUGCCAUAACAAAACUCCCACCUUCAUUUCGAAAUCUUACUCGGCUUCAAUUGUUAGUUCUGACAACUUUUAUAAAAUAUGACUUUGAUGCUGCCACCCUCAUUUCGAACAUCUGCAUGAUGCCAGAACUAAAUCAAAUUGAUGCUGCCGGUUUGCAAUGGAGGCUAUUGCCUGACGAUGUUUUGAAAUUGACCUCAGUCGUGUGUUCAAGCGUUCAAUCUCUUACUUUGGAACUGUCAGAUGAGCUUCUUCCGCUAUUUCUCUCAUGUUUUGUAAACGUGAAGAAGUUGAACCUAUCAUGGAGUAAAUUCACAGUUAUUCCCGAAUGCAUCAAAGAAUGCCGCUUUUUAACUACCCUUACUUUGGAUUAUUGCUAUCGUCUUCAAGAAAUUAGAGGGAUUCCUCCAAACUUGAAAAUAUUAUCUGCAAUGGAUUCCCCAGCCUUGAAUUCCUCAAGCAUAAGCAUGUUGCUGAAUCAGGAACUGCAUGAGGCUGGAGACACUGACUUUAGUUUGCCAAGAGUACAGAUUCCAGAGUGGUUUGAGUGCCAUAGUUGGGGACCACCAAUUUGUUUCUGGUUCCGUAACAAAUUUCCAGCCAUAACUGUUUGCAUUGUUAAGCUAAAUUUAAGUUAUCAGUUGCUCAGCGUGAUCAUUAAUAAUAAACCGGAAUAUGUAUAUAAUAAACAUGGAAUUAUUGAUUUUUACCGUGGCACCUUCAGACAUUCUACAUAUGUUUUUCGUCUUCAAAUGGAAGAUAAUUUAGAUGAAGAACUAUCAAAGAGUGAAUGGAACCAUGCACAGAUUGUAUGUGGUGAAGAGUCGUGGGACGAAUGCGGAAUCCAUGUAUUGAAAGAGCAAAGUAGCAUGGAGGAUAUUCGAUUCACUGAUCCUAGCUUUUAGAAAAAGCAAACAUUUGUAGUUCAGAGGUUGGGGUUGGGGAAAAAGCAAAGAUUAGUAGGCAGUGAAGUUGUUGAGACACAAUUUGUAGAGCAGCAACAACAUAUGGGUUUUUUGUCACACGUGUGGAACUGGGCACUAUCACUUGUAAUUUCUUGCUGCUCCGGCAAUCAAUAAUUGGAUGAAAGAGGAAACAAGUUCAGCAGUUGUAUGGUAUCAACACUGAUAAAAGACAACACUGUAUCUAGCCCUACUGAUUCUUGUUCUCUAAUCAAGUUUGGUUUUAGAUAUUCUAUUUUGCUUUGGAUUCAAUGAAAAUACCCCAUAAUCUGUAUUUUUUUAAGAGCUAAAAGAAAGGAAUUUUAUUAAAAUGAAUCCAAAACCGGUACAAUCAGUACCAGCAUGGUCAAACCAAA